AUGUCAACAGAAAGUAAGUCAAUUGAAUCUUCUCCAGCUGUCGCAGCUGCAGUCAUGCCGAACGUGGAGAACUCAGGUACGCGCCAGGCACAAAUAACUGAAGCCGUAAACCAUGUAAGUCCAGUAAAUCAAGCUGCUUUACAUUUCCUUCAGGAAGCGAUGAAAAGAGCACACGAAGCACAACAUAUGCUGAACAAGGCUGUGAAGCAAUUGUUAAAUAAGUCCAAGGACAUAAAAAGGUGCCAUCAUGGUGGACGUCAACGAUGUAGUUCUAGAGGUCAUAAAAGGCGAAAUCAAAAUAAAGCAACUGUUUCUAAUUUUGAUCAUACUUCUAAUUCUAGUUCCAGUUCCAGUUCCAGCUCUAGUUCCAACUCAAGUUCUAGUGAUUGUGAAAUUGUAGCUGUGAUGGAGCAUGGGCGUGAUAAGCUUAAUAAACAUAAAAAACAUGACGGUAGAAAUAAACACAGCCAUUGCAGUCGCCGUCAUCAUCGGGAUGAUCGAUCCAGAUCUCGUGAACGUUCCCGUGGUCGUUCACGCGGUCAUUCUCGUGGACAUUCUCGUGGUCGGUCGCGUGGACAUUCUCGCGGUCACUCUCGUGGGCGUUCACAUGGACGCCACCAUACUAGAAUGCAUUCGCGUAGUCGUUCACGUAGUCAAUCGAAAACUCGUUCAUAUGACCAAUGUUUGCAACGAUUCCAAGAUUGGCGCACACUUGCCUAUAAUUGA